CUGGCCUGUAAGGAAGAGAAACAACAACGCGCAUUAGAUUUAGCGAAACUAUUAGUUACAUUAAAAUCUUUGGAGGCAGCAAUAAGGAUUGCUAGAUUUAAUAAUUGUCAUAUAUUGGCUGAUAAAAUUUGUCAAUUUAAAGAGUAG